AUGCCGGGAACAUGGCGGGACGUGGCCGGCCCGCGGAGCCUGUUUCGUCAUCGCCAGACAGGGAGAAAACGGCGCCCAACGUGGUGGCGGGGAUCUCUCAGUGGGCGGACGACCACCUGCGCCUCGUCCGGAACAUCAGCACUGUAAUGGCUGUGGCUGGGCUAAUGUUACUUCUAAGGAGUGUUCGACUGACAGCAAAAUUUACAAGCUCUUCAGAUAUUCCAGUAGAAUUUAUAAGAAAGAACGUUAAGCUACGUGGACGAUUACGCCGAAUAACUGAGAAUGGUUUAGAAAUUGAACAUAUUCCAAUUGCUUUACCUAUAAUACCAUCCUGGAGAAAGGAGCCAUGUGGUACUUUGCUGGUUAAGUUGGCUGGGGUAGAACUCGCUGAGUCUGGGAAGAUGUGGUUACAAAAGGAGCUGAAGCCUUCCCAGUUGCUGUGGUUCCAACUUCUUGGAAAGGAGAAUUCGGCACUCUUCUGCUACCUGUUAGUGAAUAGGGGUAGAUAUUUUACUGUGAAUCUAAAUGAGGAAAUUUUGAGAAGAGGCCUUGGCAAAACUGUUCUUGUUAAAGGGUUAAAUCAUAAUUCUAAACUCUAUUGGAGAAUUCACAGGAGGUUACUUAAAGCUGAAUUAACAGCCCUAAAAAAAGGAGAAGGAAUAUGGAAGGAAGAAUCUGAAAAACAAAGUUAUUUGGAAAAAUUUAAAGACUCAUGGAGAGAAAUAUGGAAAAAAGAAAGUUAUUAUGAAAAAUUUAGAAUGACUUAUGAAAUAUGGAAAGAGAACAUGAAUAACUAUUCCUUAAUACUGAAGUUCAGAGAACUUAUGAGUCAUUUACACUUCCGUAGAAAAGGAUGAAAUAUCCAAGAGGUUUACAGGUGACCUAAGCAGAAGAAUAAACUCUGUAAAUAUAUGUACAUUCUUCAUUGCCUUGAAAUGAAAAUUUCCCCAAAUGAUCGAAGCUAUAGUCUAAUGGUAUUUACAUAUUUAAAAGAUAAUUAUGAUAAAAUGUUAUAUAGAAUUAAUUUUAAGAAAUUAUGAUUCAUGUAAUAUACUUUUAGGAAUAUACAAAGUCACUGGGGUAAAGGAUGUAAAUAUUGUGGUGCCAAUAUUUGGAAAUAAGGUUUAACUGUUGGCCGUUUUGUUGUUUGAGUUAUUUGUGACAGCUGUAUUUAAUUUUUGUGUAAGGAGAAUAUUUAUUUAUUUUUUCUGUCUUACCAGCUUUCAUUAUUCAUAAUAAAGGA